AUGGGGAACAUACUGAGCUGCUGUGUGUGCCCCAAGGUCUGCCAAGAGUCAGACCAGGAUGAGGGGUCAGGGUGUCCUCCUGAGUCUAAAAUCUGUGAGGCAGCAGCUGAGAACACCGCAGCAGCUGAGGACACGGCAACAGCUGAGGACACGGCAGCAGCUGAGGACACGGCAGCAGCUGAGGACACGGCAGCUGAGGACACUGUAGCAGCUGAGGACACCACAGCAGCUGAGAACACGGCAGCAGCUGAGGACACCACAGCAGCUGAGGACAGGACAGCAGCUGAGGACAUGGCAGCAGCUGUGGACUCGACAGGAGCUGAGAACACGGCAGCAGCUGAGGACACCACAGCAGCUGAGGACGCGACAGAAGCUGAGGACACCACAGCAGCUCAGGAUACGGCAGCCCCAGCGCCCACGGCUGCUGCCAUAGAACCUGCCGAGUUGACUGUUGAAGCUGGUGAGGACCGUCCUGUGCAUGACAUCUGUGAUGGGGAGAUGCCUGAAGAUAGGGCUUUGGAGUCCGACCCUUCUGAUCAUCCAGAAGCAAAGAAAUCUGAAGUCGAUGAUGUGACACUGGAGUCCAACCCUUCUGAAGCAACGACAUCCCAGACAGAUACACAAGAAAUAGGAGAAAACAGCAGUACAAACUAUGUAAGUAAAUAG